GUCCAGCACACAGGCAAGUCCAGUAGCACAGCUAAUUCCAGCAGCAUAGCUAAGUUCAGCACAUCUAAGUCCAGCAACACAUCUAAGUCCAGCACAUCUAAGUCCAGCAGCACAUCUAAGUCCAACAGCACAACUAAGUCCAGCACAUCUAAGUCCAGCAGCACAGCUAAGUCCAGUAGCACAUCUAAGUCAAGCAGCACAGUCAAGUCCAGUAGCACAGCUAAGUCCAGUAGCACAGCUAAGUCCAGUAGCACAGCUAAGUCCAGCAGCACAGCUAAGUCCAGCAGCACAACUAAGUCCAGCACAUCUAAGUCCAGCAGCACAGCCAAGUCCAGCAGCACAACUAAGUCCAGCAGCACAGCACAGUCCAGUAGCACAGCUAAAUCCAACAGCACAGCCCAGUCCAGUAGCACAGAUAAGUACAGCAGCACAACUAAGUCCAGCAGCACAUCUAAGUCCAGUAGCACAGCUAAGUCCAGCAGCACAGCCAAGUCCAGCACAUCUAAGUCCAGCAGCACAGCCAAGUCCAGCAGCACAACUAAGUCCAGCAGCACAACUAAGUCCAGCAGCACAACUAUUUCCAGCAGCACAGCCAAGUCCAGCAGCACAGCUAAGUCCAGCAGCACAAUUAAGUCCAGCACACAGCCAAGUCCAGUAGCACAGCUAAUUCCAGCAGCAUAG